AUGCUGGACCAGUAUGAGCUCAACUGGGAAGCGUGGCAUGAGAACCACGACGCGGCUGAAUAUGUUGCGUAUGGGGAUCUGGACGACGACACACGCCCGUUUGGCGAGCAGCAGGAAGAUGGUACCUGGGAGGCGGACUUGGAUACGCCAUAUCUCGCGAGGUGCUGUGGGCAGGACAGACCGGUUCACAAGAGAGGUCUAUCGGUGCAGGUGACACCCGCUGGAGGGAUGGACUUUGUGACUAUACGCGACUAUGUGGCUGUGGUGCAUCUGUGGAUGAUGACCUUGCGAGAGGAUAUCAUAGGCGCCAAGAUUGUCGCUGGCGGUAGAUGCCACAUGGCGCCUGCAGAAGCACGCUCGAUGAACUGGAUGAUUUCGGUAAGGACGGCGCCAUGGCAUGAAAUCUUUACGUAUAAGUUCUGGUUGAGCGAUCAUACAAGGGGUGAGCUGAGGGACGAUGCGGCUACAAGGUCGUUGAUGCGAGAGGUGGCUAGGGUUAGAGCGGAAAAACAGCAGCAGCAGUAA